GAGUUGCCAUCCAGUGAACCUCACACCUCUCUUGGCUGCACAUAGUACAAGACGUACUCCACUCCUAAAGAAUCGUUGCUCGAGAAUUAACUCUUCCUAGGACGUUUCGUUGCCGUCACCAUGUCGGCCAUGCGAGUUGCGAUUUUUUUGUUGAUUGGAUUCUUCGCUAUGCUGAAUGGCGUCCUGUCCGUAGAUUCUCAUGAUAAAGGACGUGUAAGGACACCAUUCAGCGAAGGUUUAUCCAUGGCGGAAGUUCGUUCGGCUAUCCACAGAGCCAUGUCCGGCCAAGAUACCAGAGUGCCCACAGCUCGAGAUAUCCUUUCUGUCAACGUAUCUGGAACUACUCUCAAGAACCCCAUUUUGGAUUUUACAGAAUCUUUCAAUGUUGGCAAAAGCUGUCACGACAUCUUGGUAACGCAAAAAGCGUCGCAAAGCGGUUUGUAUUUGAUUCAUCCUCCCAACAUCGUUCAAGGUCCGUGGAAAGUCUACUGCGAUCAGGAAUCCGAAGGCGGCGGCUGGACGGUGUUUCAAGUACGAGACGAUGUCGAGCCCCACGAAAAUUUUAUGCGCAACUGGGAAGACUACAAACUGGGUUUUGGGGACUUUGACCGCGAAUUUUGGCUAGGUAACAUCCUUUUGUGGGCACUGACGAACAGUAACGACAACAAAAAAUACGAAUUAGCCAUCAACCUAGAAGACUGGAGUGGCAAUAAACGGUUUGCCCGUUAUAAGGGUUUCCGAAUUGGUCCGGAAAGCGACAAGUAUCGUCUUUAUUUCACUAAAAUGUUCCUGGGCAAUGCUGGUGACUCACUAUUCAGCCACAACGGUCUUGCAUUUUCCACAUUCGACGUUGAUAACGAUAACCGUGAAGGGGAAGAUUUUGCGGAGCGAAGCUGUGCCCGACUGUACAAGGGAGGUUGGUGGUAUGGAAACUGCCACGAUUCCAACCUUAACGGCUGGUAUUUGGGAGGCCCACACCGGAGUUUUGCUGACGGUGUUAAUUGGUACACAUGGACCGGUUACAAUUAUUCCCUACGUCGCACCAUGAUGCGCUUCAGACCAGUGAGCGAAAAUUACACAUCAACCGGUCCGACAAUAGGACUCUCCGGCCCCGAUAGCUAUUUGCCGAUGAAACCUGACAGCUAUCUUCCCCUGAAAGGCUAUCGCACAGUUGAAGAAAGUUCUAGUGAACAGACAGACAAGGUGGAUUUCGAUCCCGCUUUAAAUUCUACGAGCAACGCCUAAUGUUUAUAUACACGUCCUACGCAAUUGUUAACUAUUUUUAAGUUUUUACAGUGAAAUAUUCCACUUGCACUGUAUAGUUAUUAUUCUUCACAAAAAUAAAUAUAUUGACUCUGUUUUACACAUACCAAA